AUGUCUAGCACUGUUCACGUUUCCGGCAUCUCGUCCGCCACUACUGAGAAGGAGGUUCGCGACUUCUUCAGCUUCUGUGGCAAGAUCACCUCGCUCACUGUCACUCCCGUCUCUUCCGAGGCUGAGGCUCAGAAGUCUGCCACCGUCACCUUUGAGAAGGAAGCAGCUGCAAAGACUGCUCUCCUACUUGAUCAGACUCAAUUGGGUAGCUCUUCCGUACACGUUGAAGCUGCUCAGUCCAUUGAUGAGAUUGCUGGUACCACCACCACCAGGGCACCCGAGAAGGAAGAGGAGGACCACAUCUCCCAGGAGGACAAGCCUCGCUCCCGCAUCUUCGCAGAGUACCUGGCCCACGGCUACGUGCUCAGCGAUGGUGCCAUCCAGAAGGCUAUCGCUUUGGACCAGAAGCAUGGCUUCACCACCAAAUUCCAGACUGCUCUGACCAACUUCGACAAUAAGUACCAUGCCACCGACCGCGCCAAGAACAUUGAUGAGAACUACCAGAUCUCCAACAAGGCCGUUAGCGGCUGGCACGGUCUGAACUCUUAUUUCGAGAAGGCCCUCGAGCACCCCACCGGUCAGAAGUUGCGUGACUUCUACGUCCAGACUGAUAAGCAAGUUCGUGAUAUUCACACCGAGGCCCGUCGUCUCGCAGACUUGAAGCUUGGAAAGGCCGAUGAGGGUGAGACUACCACUGCUAGUGCACCUGCCGAGGCUCCUGCUGCUGUCUCUGAGCCCAAGGCUUAA